AUGACGCACUCUCAAGCUGAUGUUUCUUCAGUGGCUUGCUGCUUGAAUCUCCCCGGCAGCGACGAUGACAGCGUCGCUGCAGAGAAUCGCGUGAAAGUUCAAAUGCCAAGGAUUGCAGCUAUCCGGUCGCUUCGCACAUGUGGGCGUCACUAUCAGACUGCACAAGAGUACCAGGCUCAGAAUAUCGUGGGCGACCUCGACCUCAAUGGCCAUCGGAGCAAUGUGCACACGGUCCAGCGCGGGCUGUCCGUGCUCACCCUUCAGCGCGUCCUGCGAGCCUCUCAGGGUGUUGAGUUUAAGUCACCUGGAUGGUGCAACAUGGUGCAACCUGCGACUGGAAUGGCAUCCAAGCCCCUACAGCUCAGCCCAGACAGCCAUAUAUUCUCGGAUACGACCCUGAUGGUGUGGGCCGUUUCAAGCGUGGGGCGAGCCCCCACGAAAUCCUGUCAUGGCCGCAAUUUCGGCCAAGCCCAAACCGAUGACGUGCCUCUGCCGGUGAAAUCCGUCAACAUGGCAGACACACCUGACAAGGCGAUGGCGCCCGUCGGUGCCGCUGACUAUGCGACGCUUUGGACAGAAUGCCUUGUGUUGCCAGGAAACAUCGGAUGGGUGAUGUUGGUAGAUACGCCAUACCGCGCCAUCGAGGUGUCACUUGUACGGGCGGAAUGUUCUACCUAG